UGGCAGGGGUUAACUGGAUUUUCGUAUCAGUAGUGAACUGAUAAUGUUGUUGUCGUCCUCUCUUUACGUUUUCUUUCCUCUAGCAUCGGCCUUUGGUAUUGUGUGGGCUUUUACGAUCUUCGAGCGUGUUGAUGUUGAACUCGGACUGGAAUAUUAUGCAGAGAAGGGAGAUCCUUCUACGUUCCUUAAAAUGCCGGCUAAUGCCUUAGUGAACUUGGGCUAUUUACUGGUUGGAUUAUACUGGCUGUGGAAGAUACGUAAAGUAGAAAAGAAGUUGAAAGAUCAAGCAUUCUUCUACUACUUGUUCUCGUGGAUGUCAGUGUUUUAUGCCUUAGUUCAAUUUGGACGGAUUGUGACACAAACGCGUUUGUUCGCUGUGAUUGAUCAAUGGUUUACGCUUCCUUUCUUUGCAUGGCUUGUUUGCUGGAACGAGUUUGUGUAUCGAGGACAAUGGAAUACUGGUCGUUAUCUAUUUAUUAUGCGAAUUUCUGUCUUAAGUUACUUUGCUGUGUUAUUUCACAAUCAAGGCUUUGAAGCAGUUCUCAGUCUUCAUAUCCUUGUUGCCCUGGUUUAUUCUCUGAGGACACAGUUAAAACCCGGUCUAGGGACUGAAACAUCGCUAAUGUCAAUGAUCCUUGCGCUCAUCUGCUGCACUGGGUUUGUCUGUUUAAAACUUGCGGAUCAUCAAUUAGCGCAGUACUCUUUAUUCCAAAGUUUCACUGGCCAUUUUUGGUCUAAGGUUUGUGAUGUUGGACAAAUCCACUUUGUGGCUGACUUUUUUAAAAAUUUGCACAUGCGACCCAAGAAUGAUAAAAGAGUCUCUUAAGUUCUCAGCAAGAUAUGCUGGGAAACUCUUCAAAUGGGCCUAGUGGCUAACCCUUUUAGUAAGAUUUUUCCCAUUAGCCCAAAUGAGAAAUUUCAGUUUGGUUGCUUUGUCACAAUAGAUUUCCAGAGCACAUACAAUGUUGUGAAAGUAGCCUGUUCCUGGCAGAUUCUUUCCAACCCAUUAUUUCACUCAUCCCCACUAACCUAUUUUUAAGUUCACUCCAAACUCACUAGGUAAAUUUUCACAAGUGAUACAAACAGCUUGUACAGUGAUCAAUCACUAUCUGGGUGAUAACAGAAUACCAACACAUCCUUGUUCACAAGAGACUAGUCAAUCCAGGGGAUACCAACUUGUUUCCAGUGUUUGCACCAUCACAGAGAGGUGUUUACCUAUGGAAGC